UAUUUAAGAUCAGAUAAACAUUUUAAUAGAUUGGCUUGAAAACUCCCUUGAUGAGAUCAAUCAAUCAUUUUAAUUAGAAGAAGAAGAAGAAGAAGAGGUCUUUCUUUCUUGAUCCAGGAUAGGUUAAAGAUUGAGACAGGAUGGCUAGGAGGAAGGAAUGCGUGGAUGAUGCUGAUGAUGAUGGAAAUAUGGAGAUCGUGGGAGCAGCAGACAUAAGAGGAGCCGGACAAGACUUAACCCCACCACUCUCUCCUCUAUCGUAUUCACUCCAUCACGCUUUCCUUGCCUCCCAUUGCUCCUCUUGUUUUUCUUCUCUUCCUCCCCAUCCCCAUCAUCCUUUUCCUCAUCUCUAUUAUUGUUCUUCUCGAUGCUCUUCUUUUCAUUAUCCCCUCUAUCUCUCCUCUGCCUCCCAACACCUCUCCUCUCCCGUCUCAUCUGACCUUUCUCUCGCUCUUCUUUUGCUUCACCAAAUCAAUUCCUCUUCUUCUUUUUCUAACUACCAUAGAGUCUGUGGCCUUCUCACCAAUCGUCACAAACUACUACUUCUCCACCAUGACGACCUCUCCACCAGAAUCCAAAACGGGGCUAGGGAAAUGGCUGCAGCCAUAUCAUUGAGAGACCACUGCACUUUGGAUUCUUCUAAAGACUAUUUACUGGAAGAGGCGGUUCUGUGCUUGGUCAUAACCAAUGCCGUGGAGGUCCAAGACAGGAUAGGUCAAUCCGUUGGGAUUGCUCUCUACAAUAUUCCUUUCUCCUGGAUUAAUCAUAGUUGUUCUCCCAAUGCCUGCUACCGUUUCCUGCCCCCCAAUCACACUGCUGGGGUACAACAGUGUCUUAUUAUGCCGGCAUCUUCUUCUGAUGCGGUAAAAGGAAGAUUGGAGGAGAUUUGUGGUGGUCCUAGAUUAGUUGUUAGAAGCAUAAAAGCAAUAAAGAAAGGUGAGCAGGUAACAAUUGCGUACACAGACUUACUACAACCAAAGGAUUCGAGGCAAUCAGAAUUGUGGUCCAAGUAUCGAUUUGCUUGUGGCUGUCAUCGCUGUGUUGCAGUUCCUUUAACCUUCGUUGACCUGCGUCUACAAGAAAGUUUUGUAUCCAAUGGGAGGAUGUUGGAGUGUGUAGGACUAGAAAAAGUUACAGAGUACAUAGAUGAUGCUAUUGAUGAUUAUUUAUCUUCCAGUGAUGCUGAAUCUUGCUGCAAAAAGCUGGAGGAUGUCCUUUUGAACGGAUUCCACUAUGAACAAGUCAUAAUUAGGUUACAUCCCCAAAACCGUCUGUCAUUAAAUGCCUACACGACUUUGGCUUCAGCGUACAAAGUCCAUGCAAUUGCAAUGGAGGAUGAUGAUGAUGAUGAUGAUGAUGAUGAUGCUUUAAAGAUGAUCAGAUUCAGUUCUGCAUAUUCUUUCUUACUUGCACUUUCAACCCAUAUUCUCUUUCUCAAUGAAUCUAGUUUAAUUACAUCCGUUUCAAAUUAUUGGAUCGGUGCUGGUGAUUCGCUACUAAAUCUUGCUGCAAGCUUAGUGGUGUCUCUAGACAUUCCCAAAAGUUGUAGUAAAUGCUGCUCAAAAUGUGGCUUGAUUGAUAUGUUUGAAGCUAAAUCUUUAGAUCCUGACAAGGUGGUUGAGAUCUCCAGGGAAUUUUUAGACUGUAUAAGUGAUGUAACACCCAAGGUGUGGAAUUUUUUAGUUCAUGGAAAUGGUUUUCUGGAAACAGUUAAAGAUCCCAGCAAUUUAGGAUGGUUUGAGACUAUAAAUUCAGUGGCUAAUAACAAAGGUAAUGUGAAGGCACUUAUGAAGGAUCAAGAAAGAGUAGAACUUUUUUGGCUAGGUUUCCAUUGUUUGUUAUAUGGAGGGAUCUUGUCUAACAUUAGUAGUGGCCACAAUUCAUAUUUGAGUCAUAGUGUUCAACAUCUACUGUAUGAUCGAUAAGUUGAACUGUAUCUCUGAUCGAACAAGAGUCAGCUAGGUUGUAAGGUAACAUUUCGACAAUUAAACUGUCUUUUGUACACGUAAUAGUUGAUUUA